AUGCAAUGCCCUACUCCCCGCCCUCAAAACCAAAUCAUCACCGAAAUCCUCAAGCUACUGCAAGCCCACUACCACACCGUCUUCCUGCGCUUCUGCCAGCUCAUCGCCACCGACAAAGUCCCCGGCCCCGACCCACAGAUGUGUGUUGCGGCGAGCAUUACAGCAAAGGCGAAGAGGCCGCUGUAUGAGAGUGAGAAUGAGGGUUUUGCACUUCUGGGAGGGGAGGGGGUGGUGUGGGCAGUGAGGGAGGCGCAGCUGGUAGCGCUGGAUAGGGAGAUGGAUGUGGUGGAGGAGGAGAUGAGGGUUGUGAGGGAGGGGCGUGAGGGGAUAUGGGAUGUGGGCGAGUGA